AUGCCCCAGGCCCACCGCGCACGCGCGCACGCGCACACGCGCCCCGGAGCAGGCACCACCGCGCACGCGCACAUAUGCCCUGGAGCACGCGUCUCUGAGCACGCGCACACGCGCACACACGCCCCAGAGCGGGCACCACUGCGCACGCGCGCACCCACACGCCCGGGAUCUGACACGACUGCGCACGCGCCCCAGACCCAGACCCAGCCCAGCUCUAGAUCAGACUUUGUUUUUUUUCACUGUGAACUUUCUGGAGUUUGUUGGUUUUAUUUUCAUUUUCUCCUGGGAAGCUCUGAGGUUUCCAUAGUUCCUGGGCUCCAGAAAGAAGAGGAGGCGGCUGUGAAGAGACGCAGCUCCCAGGUGUUGAAGGCUCUGAAGAAACUAAACAUUGAGGCUGAUGAGGCCCCGGUCAUUGCUGUGCUGGGCUCCGGCGGGGGCCUGCGGGCCCACAUUGCCUACCUUGGGGUCCUGAGUGAGAUGCAAGAACUAGGCCUGUUGGAUGCGGUCACAUACCUCGCAGCGGUCUCUGGGUCCACUUGGGCCCUUUCGUUAUUCUAUACCAACGAUGGCCACAUGAAAGACAUCGAGGCGGAACUGAAGCAUCGAUUUGACCAGAAGGAGUGGGACUUGGACAAGAGCCUCGAGAAAACCAUCCAAGCUGCGAGGCUGGAGAAUUACUCUCUGACCGACUUUUGGGCUUACAUGGUUGUCUCCAAGCAAACCAGAGAACUGCAGGACUCCUGCUUGUCCAGCAUGAGGACGCGCGUAGAAGAGGGGACACUCCCCUACCCGAUAUUUGCAGCCAUUGACAACGACCUCCAAGCUGCCUGGCAGAGGAGAAAAGCAAGGAAGACCUGGUUUGAGUUCACCCCUCACCACGCUGGCUACCCAGCACUCAGGGCCUAUGUCCCCACCACCCACUUUGGAAGCAAAUUCGAGAAUGGAAGACUGGUCAGUCCUGAGCCUGAGCGUGACCUGACCUUCUUGAAAGGUUUAUGGGGAAGUGCUCUUGCCAACACUGAAGACAUUAGGAAACACCUUUUGGCCCAGUUAUUGAGCCUGAAAGAAAAUUUGAAAAUGAAAUGCCUAUCCUCAGAAGGGACAGCUGUGGAAGAAGCUCUCCUGGACCUGGUGGUGGCUUACAUAGGAGAUGGGGGCGCCAGCAGCACCCAGGAGCAGCUACAGGCCGUGCAGCAGAAGCUGGACUCUGAGAGGAGGAGUGGUAAAGACAGUGAGCCAGAGCACACCUGGCUAGCUGAGGUGCUCCAGAAUUGGAACAAGUUUUCCCCAGAAGAGCAGGGGCGGUUCCUGGAGUACCUGGUAUAUUGCUUCACACGACGAGAAAGUGCCAUGUACUAUACGAUGAGUGUGAUCAGUGACUCACCCAAGGACUUUCUAGAUUUUCUGAAUAAAACUGGAGUGUGCUGUUGGAAGUGGGAAUGGGGCACCGUUUACAACUUCCUGUACAAACAUGGUGCCAUCCAGGACAAGGGGAUGUGCAGCCGGGAGCUCCUCCACCUGGUGGACGCGGGCUUUGCCAUCAACACCCCCUACCCGCUUGUUCUGCCCCCCACGCGGGAGGUUCAGCUCAUCCUCUCCUUCGACUUCAGCGCCGGGGACCCUUUCGAGACCCUCAGGGCUACCGCGGACUACUGCUGCCACCACAAGAUCCCCUUCCCCUCAGUGGAAGAGGCUGAGCUGGAGGAGUGGUCCAGGGCCCCCGCUGACUGCUACAUCCUGAAAGGGGAAACCGGCCCUGUCGUGAUGCAUUUUCCCCUGUUCAACACACAAGCCUGUGGAGAUGAAAUCCAGGCCUGGAGUGACAGGUACAGCACUUUCAGACUCACUGACAGCUACACCCUAGACUUGGUGAUGUCACUCCUGGAAGUCUCCAAGAAGAACGUCAGGAGGAACAAGGAGAAGAUCCUCAGAGAGAUGAGGAGCGUGGCCAGGGAACCCCGGAAGUUCCUGGGCAUCCACGAGGAGGAUCCGUGGGAAGACGUAGUGGAGGACAUCGAAGGCUCUCAGACCGUGGCAAUCGAGAUCACCAACAACACAGACAUGACCUUCAGGAACCCCUUGCUCUACUGCCAGAGCAGCCAUGCCCCAGUGGCCCCACCCUCCGAGCUCCUCCCAGGGUCCACCAUCAGCUGCUCCUUCAUGAAGGCAUGCUCUGGCUUCCAGGGCAGCUUGGGCCUGCUGGUCUACCAGGGCCCGGACGUCCACCUGGCCCUCCUGUUCUCCACUCCCUUCAGCCACGCCCUUCAUGGCAUCGAGUUUGCCUUGGCCAUCCUACCUGGGCCGAUCGCCAGUGACCACCUGGAGCGUGUCUCUGAUAGCAUCAUUCAGAAGAAGGGGUCCCAGGAGCUGAAGGUGGCAAAAUGUGUCCUGUGGGUCCCUCAGGAGACCCUGGAGCUGGAACACAACUCUCUGACCAUCAGAGCCAUCGUGUCCAAUAUCCAGAUGGCCAAAAUGAAUGUGGUGAUUGAGACCAAAGCCACUUAGCUGCUCCUUGAUGACUGCACCCCUUCACCCCCCCCCACCAGAUGGUUAGCUCUGUGGAAGUGGGAACUUUGCCUAAAUUGUGAUCUAUCUCUCAGAGCCAAGUGAAGCAUGCAAGCGAGAAUAUAAAUGCCUGAUAAAUGCUUGCUGAUGGACUGAUGGGUUGACUGUGCGUGUGUGUCUUGGUUUGCCACCAACCCUGCUGUGUCCCUUUUCACCCUCAUGCACCCUGUAUCCCUUCACUUCUUCCAUUCCUUCUUUCCUUCCUAGCCUCUUCCCUCUUUAACUCAGGCGCUUAGGCAUGGGGGCUCCACAUCUGGUUUGAAUAUUGUUUCUGAUACCUGCUUACCACACGUAACAAGUUCCCUCACCUCUCUGCCCCAGUUUCCUCAUCUGUAUCCCCAAGAUGCUUGACUGAGCCCAUGACCUCAGGACAGCAUCUGGCACUGACUGAGUGUUCAAGAGGCAUUGGCCAUUAUUAUCAAUCCAGUGGCUUUCCAAAAUUAAAGCAGGACUGCUGUGGGUUGAAUUGUGCCCCCCCCAACAAAAAAUGCUGAUGUCAUCACCCCAAUACUUGUGAAUGUGACCUUCUAUGGAAAUAAAGUCUUGACUGAUGAGAUCAA